CGCGUAGAUUAGUAUAUGUGGUACGGGAUUAGCAAGCGAUCGAGCUGUCCCCUACCUGUGCUCUCCCUCUCCAUCUUCCUCUCUCUCCCAGUGGGUGCGUUUGUGCGAGACUUGAGGCUGAGCGAGAGGGGAGGAGAGAUCGUGCUCCGCGAGGGAACGGCGGCGAGGAGCUGGGUGCAUCUCGGUUGGACUUUUCCUACUGGAACUGCAGUACUUUCAACAUGCUUUUUGCAAAUGCCUGCAUUAAGGAUGAAUAAAAUGUUAAGCACCGACUAUUUAGGGACGCAGGAGCUUCAUUCAUUUUGCAAGACCACCGAAAUAUUGGAAGACUCACAGUCUCAAGAGAUUGCACUCGAUAGAACAGCGGUGGGGUCAACACUUCUAAGUCAUCAAAAUGUUUGCUCUACUUCUGAAGUAUCAGGGGGAAACUUUGGAAUCGCUGAAGUCAGUUUUUUACAGGAUGAAUAUGAUGCAGAAACCACCGGUGUACUGCCACCAUCAUUUUUGUCCUGUGGCUCUAGAUCUAUGCUCCCUAUAUCAGUACCAUCAUCAUCAUCAUCUAGUCUGGAGACUGUCCUCUUUUCUGACUCAACGUACAGCGAUCUUCAGGUAAAAGAGACGAACCACAAUACUACAGCAAUGGAUGAAAACAAUGAGUUCCUUCAGCUGAUUCUUAGUAGCAAUGAUGAAGGAUACAAUGCUGGAAGUGAAUUCCAAGUUUGGGAUGUUCUGGACUUCUACUUCUCAGAAAGCUUUUCAGCUGUGCAGUUUGAUAGCUUGAUGGGUUUUACAAAUGAUGUUAGUUCUUCCCAUCACGAUUGUAUGAAUCUUGUUGACAUGGUAGAGCGGCCUGUUGCGCUCCUGUCCCUAAAUGAUACCGAGGAGCAAAAUAACUCUACUGAUGAGUUCCCUGAUGAUACAUCAUCAUACCUUCAAAUGAAACCCUCAGAUUCCGAAACUGAAAGUAAUUAUGCCUCUCGAGAUGUUGCGGUAACUGAAUAUGUUGAUGAAAAGCCACUUUCUAGAGGCCUGCCUGAUUUAAUGGAUGUCGACUCACCCGGUCGUCUAUCAAAAUCAGCAAGAUCAAAACAAAUCACUCUUGUUCUGGAUUUGGACGAGACUCUUGUACAUUCAACAUUGGAUCAUUGUGACAAUGUUGAUUUCACCCUUCAAGUUUUCUUUAAUAUGAAGAACCAUACAGUUUAUGUUAGGCAAAGACCUCAUCUGAAGAUGUUUCUUGAGAAGGUAGCUCAGAUGUUUGAUCUUGUCAUUUUCACAGCUAGCCAGAGAAUUUAUGCCGAGCAACUAAUAGAUAGACUCGACCCUGAUGGGAGGUUGAUUUCACACCGUAUUUAUCGUGAGUCAUGUAUAUUCUCUGAGGGUUGCUAUACAAAGGAUCUGACAAUUCUUGGAGUUGACCUGGCAAAAGUUGUAAUAGUUGACAAUACUCCACAGGUUUUCCAGUUGCAAGUGGACAAUGGUAUACCAAUAAAGAGCUGGUUUGAUGACCCCUCAGACCAGGAAUUGGUCGAGUUACUCCCAUUCCUGGAGACACUUGUUGGUGUGGAGGACGUUAGGCCAAUAAUCUCGAAGACAUUCCACCAUACACUUGAGCAGAAUUAGAUCUAGAGAAUUCAUGAUUUUCCUCGACUGAGCCUGUCACUGAAGCUUACUAGGUUCACUCCAUAAGGUGCACCCCACUAUUGGGGGGGAAUUAGGCAUAGGAUCAAGAUUCACCAUUUAUGUUAUGUUAGCUGUUACAAAUAGCGAGCAUAAACUGCAGUCGUCGCCAUGGCUUGUAUAUGUGUGCAUCAGUUUUCUGUUUCAGAUCCUUGUACAGGAACAAUAGUGUUGAAUAAAACGGUUCUGAAUCAAUUCUUGCUC